AGGCAACUUCAUCUGCCAAUAAUGAGCAUGCUCAGUUCAUGGAGCAGACUCAGUAACGGAGAGAGGAGAGAAAAAAAGAAUCAAAUCUCACGGGCAGAAUCUCAGAGCAGUGAAUUGAGCAGGAACAAAAACGUGAAAUGGCAGAAGGAAAGGAGGACCAGAUGGCAGACAAAGCACCCCCAGCUGAAGUGGAUGUCAAGACGGAGGCCAAACUCAUCCUCUAUCACUGGACACAGUCCUUCAGUUCCCAAAAGGUGCGCCUGGUGAUUGCGGAAAAGGGGUUGAAAUGUGAAGAGCAUGAUGUAAGCCUUCCGUUGAGUGAACACAAUGAACCUUGGUUUAUGCGUUUAAAUGCAUCAGGAGAAGUCCCUGUGCUCAUUCACAAAGAGAACAUAAUUUGUGAUGCAACUCAGAUUAUUGACUACCUUGAAGAUACUUUUGUGAAUGAAAAGACUCCAAGAUUAAUGCCAGAAGAAGGAAGUAUGUAUUAUCCUAGGGUUCAACACUACAGAGAACUGUUGGAUUCCUUGCCUAUGGAUGCAUAUACACAUGGCUGCAUUUUACAUCCAGAACUAGCAGUGGACUCCAUGAUUCCUGCAUAUGCCACAACAAGAAUUCGUAGCCAAAUAGGUAAUACUGAAUCUGAAUUAAAGAAACUUGCUGAAGAAAACCCAGAUCUGCAAGAUGCAUAUAUAGCAAAGCAGAAACGACUCAAAUCUAAGCUGAUGGAUCAUGAUAACAUAAAGUACUUACAGAAAAUACUGGAUGAGUUGGAAAAAGUUUUGGAUCAGGUUGAGACUGAAUUACAAAGAAGAAAUGAAGAAACACCAGAAAAUGGACAUCAGCCUUGGCUCUGUGGAGAAUUUUUUAGCUUGGCUGAUGUAUCCCUUGCUGUGACACUCCAUCGGCUGAAGUUCAUUGGACUGGCAAGGAGAAGUUGGGGAAAUGGAAAGCGACCCAACUUGGAGGCCUAUUACGAGCGGGUCUUGAAGAGACAAGCAUUUCAUAAGGUUUUGGGACAUGUCAACAACAUACUCAUCUCAGCAGUUCUUCCAACAGCAUUUCGAGUGGCAAAGAAGAGGGCACCCAAAGUUUUUGGCACAACCCUUUUGGCUGGCUUCUUAGCAGGAAUAGGGUAUUUUGCUUUUGUCUGUGCUCGGAAGAGGUUUUCCAGUUUGCUGUUAUCAAUUAGAGGAAGGCAGAGCUAUCUGUAGGUGCUUCCUUGCCAGAGUGGGAGCAGACUACUUUAUCCCCCAAAGAGGAUGACUUGAAGAAUAAUGGACCAAAACAUGGUCUUCUGUUGUAGAAAUACAUAGGUAACAUAAAGGAAUCUUGCAAAUUGGAGGAAGAAGAGACAGUGGCUGAUUUCAAACAUCUUGCUAAGCUAUAAUAUGUUCAGUUUGAUUUUGAUUUAGUGUAACCUAUCCAUCAAGCCAUUAGGGAUUGUAAACUAUUGUUGAUGGUUUCUGUGUUGUAAGCAAUUUUGAUUUAUUCAGCAACUCAUGGGUAAAACAACUGAUGCUUAGCUCAGUGUGUGAAGCAGCCAGUAGCUUGUAUGUGGAACUGUGGAAACACGUGGAAUGAAACUUCCUUGUUUCCUCUUGCUCCAUGCUGCCCUUCUUCACCUAUGAAAGUAUCUGCCUGGAGGAAAGGGCUGGUCCUCUGAGCAGGAUGGGAUGAAGGAUAUAGAGCUGUGAGUUAAAGCUGGACUCAUCCCAGAUUGGAUCGACUUAGUUCUGUGCAAAGCCCCUUUAUACAAUUUUGAUUGACUUCCUCUCCAUCACAUUACAUCUGCACACUAUCCCAUUAUGUUCAAGUGAGUCCCCAGCCAACCGUGUAGAAGAGAAGGGCAUGGAAAAAUAAAUGGCCUCUCAUUUUUCCUAAAAGUCAUUUCUUAACAUUUGCUUUAAUCAUGUCAUUUGAUAAUUAUGCAUUUAUAAAAGUCAGAAUGAUAUAGUUCAUUACAUCUUGCCAUAAGCGAAUUAGUUUGGAUCUGUAAAUAUUGGAAGUUUAUGCCUGUUGUAUUAAUGGAUUGUUGUACUGUGAUUGGCUCAAAAUACAUUUCUCUAUAUGCUAUUUAGUUAAUGUUGGCUGACACAGUGGCACACACUUUAAUCACAGGCUUAAAAAGUAUGACUAGAUAGGCAUUGGGUACAUAGCAGGUAGAUUUCCAAGGCACAAAUUAAAGUUAUGCCUAUCAGACUCUCUUGACUGUCUGUGUGAUUUGGAAAUGUUGAUGGAAUUGCCUGUGCACGUUAGUGGUGUAUGCAAUCUAUUUAUUGAGAAUCAGUGUGCAAUUUGCACGGGAUAUUGUGCAUAUAAAAUAUAGAUGUCUGUUUUUUUAUCUUAAUGUAAACAUAUAUCUUGUGCCAGUGUAUUAAUGCCACCUAUGAUGUACUUCAGAAAAUAUCUGUUCCACAAAUACAACUUCUUCAGA